AUGCAGCAACCAGUGCACAAUGUCGGGCUAAUAAGCGUAGACCGAAAGGAUACAUCAGCAAAUGAAGGCGAAGAAUGCAAAUUUGACCGUGUUAUGGCUCUUCAAGAAGAACCCGUGCAGAUCACGUUUCUUAUGCCAGAUUGCUCAACUUUUUCGAAAAAGUUUAAAAAGGGUCAUACCAUCACCGUUCUUAAGGCUUGCCUUCAAGAUGAGUACGAUUUGAAGCAAGAAGAAACACAACUUCUUCUGGAUGGCGUUGUGUUACUGGAUCCGUUGUCUCUAACAGACUUUCCACGCAUCUUGAAAGCGUCUGCCGUUGAUAUUCAAGUGCGGCGUGCUUGCUUUUGUGAUGCCAAAAGCCGAAAGUAG